CCAUACUAUUCCCCAGACCUGUUAUCAUUUCGGAAUUCGUCGCCAGUUUUGCCUUGUUUUAUUUAAAUUUUCGGGCUCGCCUUUCGAACCCAGGUGACCCCGCAGGACAUGCCCGAUGACACGCAGGACGCCAAGGCGCAGAAGCUGGCCGCGGCGAGGAAAAAGCUGAAGGAGUACCAGCAGCGCGCCAGCAACAACAAUGGCCACCCGGGGCCGGAGGAGCCGGUGGCCACCGCCACGCAGUCGCACUCGUCCACGGUCAGCAUAGCCAGUAAUCUUUCCGAGCGCUCCGACAGCGAGAUAAAUGUGAACGGCGGAGGAGCCGGUGGGCUCCAGCAGCAGGAACAGUCGAUCCAGCCCACAGUCGCCUCCUAUUUCGCCCACACUGAACCGGAACAUAAUGGCGCACUAGCUGCUGAUCCCUCCAAUCUGCAGGCCAUCCAGGUGAUCAUCGCCGAGAAGGCCCAGCUCAAUGCGGAGCUCACAAAGGUUCGUCUGGCCUGCCGGGAACGCGAACUGGAGCUGGAGGAGCUACGCACGCUGAAGGAUCAGCAUCAGCAGCGUCUGGAGCAACUGCAGCAGCACUACCAGGAUCAGCAGUCGACGGGCGAGCAGCAGCGGCAGCAGUUCGCGCAGCUGCAGGCUCAGCUGCAGCAGUCGCAGGCACAAAUCAAGGACCAAAAGUCGCAUCUUAACGAACUGGAGGCUCAGCUGAAGCAGAGUAACCUUCGCCAGGAGGAACUGCAGCAACAGCUCUCCCACAAAUCAAACGAACUGGAGAUGGCCCAGUUGAAGCUGCGACAACUUUCCGACGAGUCCAGCGUUAGCACCGAUAACCGAGUGGAGUCGCUGGUGCAGACCCAAUACAUGUACGAGCAGCAGAUCCGCGACCUCCAGGCCAUGGUGGGUCAACUAACCCACGACAAGGAGCAGGCAGCAGGGCAAUACCAGAAUUAUGUACAGCAUCAGAGCGGAGAAAUUGCCAAGCUCAACGAACGAAACUCGGAACUAGCCGAGGAGCUCAACUCGUUGAGGGAGCGGGAACGACAGCUGGUGGAGCAUGUUGGAGGUCUAGAGCGCGAUAUACAGAAGAACCUUAGCCUGCAGGCUCAGUUUAAAGAGGCCAACCAGGAGCAGCCGCCUAAGGAAGAGGCAAGCGAUCAGAACGCCUUAAAAGAAGAACUGGCUGCCCUGAAAGAGCGCCUCGCUGACUUCGAUUUUGAGCGCCACGAAUUCCAGCUGAAGAUCAAGUCGCAGGACGACCAGCUGCAAAUGAAGGAGUCGGCUCUGGCCGAGUUGGAGCAGCAGCUGGAUCGCUUACAGGCCGAGCAACCGGAUCAGACCAAGCUGCUGGCCACCAUGGAGUCGGACAAAGUGGCCGCCUCGCGAGCCCUAACCCAGAACGUGGAAAUGAAGAACCAAUUGGACGAGCUGCAGCAGCGUUUUGUCCAACUGACGAACGACAAGGCCGAGCUGGUCAUCCGAUUGGACGCCGAGGAGUUUGCCAACCGCGAGAUCCGCCAGAACUACACCAGCAUGGAGCAGAAGCUGCACACCAAUGAGGAGCGCUUUAAGUUCAAGGAUGAGGAGAUGAUUCGUUUGUCUCACGAGAACGUGGAGCUCCAGCGCCAGCAGUUGAUGAUGCAGCAGCAGCUGGACCGCCUGAGGCACUAUGAGGCCAAGGCAUAUCAUAGCCAAGAGGGAAAAGAAAGAGAAGACGGAGGAGAUGGCCUGCGAAAUGAAGCUACGGAAACUAAGGAUCAUGAUCAUGAUCAUUCACACGAUCAUUCUCAUGAUCAUUCUCAUGAUCACCCACAUGAUCAUUCGCACAACCACUCACAUGAGCAUUCCCACGAUAAUUGUCAUGAUCAUGACCACGAUCAUUCACAUGGACAUGGCCAGGAUCAUUCCCACGAUCAUCCGCAUGAUCAUGUCCACAAUCACGACGGCGACAGACCGGCAGCUAAAACUCUGCCCACCGCUGAGGCCGUGGAACGCCUACAAUCGCGCUUCACCACGCUGAUCAGUCAGGUUGCCGACCUGACGGAGGAGAAACACAGCCUGGAGCACCUGGUGCUGCAGCUGCAGAGCGAGACCGAGACCAUUGGCGAGUACAUUGCCCUCUACCAAACACAGCGGCGCAUGCUGAAACAGCGCGAGUACGAGAAGGCCGCCCAGAUGCGACUUUUGCAAGCGGAGCGGGAGCAGUUGCGCGAGAAGAUUGAGGCGCUAAACAAGCUGGUGGUCAGUCUGGGGGUGGAGCUCCCUGCAGAUCCCAGCCAGGCGCAGCAAGCAGAAGCGGCCACAAAUAACGAGCAGGCGCCUAGCGAGGGCGAGAACUCCCAGCAGAUCAUCAACAAGAUACAGGACAUCAUCAGCGAGAUCAAGGAGAACACGGAGCAGCCGACCCACAACCAUGCAGGCGACCAUCUCAACUGCUGCCUGGGCAAGUUCGAGGUGGUCUAGAAGAUCGAACCUGUAGCUUGCUCGCCAAGUGCAAUUAUCGUCUGCUUACGUAAAAUCAUUAACCUUUUGCUACUGUAUUUAAUUGUAAUUGUACUUUGGUCCCCGGAGUCUUUUGUAUAUGUUUCCAACGAUGUGUCCGAAUAAACCUAGUUUGCAACUAAGACGAAUCUUAGCCCCGAAACUGUAUUACAAACCAA